AUGGUUAUUUCAGGUGUCUAUGCUCAAACAGUGGACCUUUUUCACAUAAUAGAAUUAGGAGGUCGGUCAGUGAUUGCAGUCUCCUCAGUAUACGCAGAAUUCAACGUUCCAAAGGUUCACCAUACCCUCUGUGAAAACAAAUGUGGACGAUACUAUUGGAACGAAGGCAUACUAUGUCGGCAAAAAUGUUCCCAGAGGCUCCGUUACGAUCAAGUUGCUGUCACGGGGUCGGUGAAACGCGAUUUUGUGAACUUCGUCCCGAGGGGCAUCGGCCGUGCCACAAACUUCAGAGCUAAAUAG